GCUGCUACCCCUGCCACCCAACCCCGGAUAAGAGGAAGAAGAUGGAUGGAUGAAUGGAUGGAUGGAUAUAUAUACGGAUAUAUACUGUAUAUAGCGAUGGUGAAAUUAGUCUCUGAUUUACAGCUUAUUUUUGUAUUAUUAAAACAUGUGGACGUCUUUUGGCCACAUGGAAUUCAAAAGGUUCACUUUUUUAAAUUGGUUUGAGUUUUAGGAAAUAUGUAAAUAUAAAAUGAAUGGAGGUAACUACAGAACUAGCCAGAGUUAUAAUAAAAUGCUUUAAAUCAACACGUACACAUCUAUUAGAAUCUAUUAAACAAUUGGAUUUAAGUCUAGGCUUAAAUCCAAUUGUAUGUUUGUAGUAAGUCUUGAAAAAUUAUUUUCAUAGGUGAUCUCCAACCAGUCUGUCUGUUGUUGAGCGGGAAGAUGGGGCAAAGUGAAAUGUUACCUGGUGAAGAAAGCUAAACCCACCAUCCCACAGUGGAACAUGGUGGUGGCAGCAUUAUGCUGAGAGGAUGCUCUCCUUCUGCAGGGGUGGAGUUGAUGAGAAGCUGCAGUCCUGUCAUAAAAGCUGUUUGAGUCAGCAAACCAUGUGAGAGUGUGGCAGAAGUUCACCUUCUGUUUUGGUUUAUCACAUAAACUUUAUUGAACUUUCAGUGAAAAAGAAAUUUAAUAAAAUGUGUAAAAUUUCAAUGGGUAUCAAUACUUUCACACAAAACUGUGACACCUACACUGUUGGUCUUUAUAACUGGACUCUGUGUUACAUUAGCGCUGAGGUUAUUGAUUGCAUCCGGCGCUCUGCUGCAGAAAGGCCAGGAACCUGCUGGCGGAGAGACGGAUAUGUAAGCUCUUUGUCCUUUCUUUGUCCUCACACCGUUUUCAUCCCUUCUAUACAUUCGCUCUUCUUCGCCCUCCUCCCUUCCAUUUUCAGAGCGUCUCCUCUGUCUCCUCUGUCCGCUCUACCUCGUCUCUUGCAGGAAACUCGACAGGGUGCGCCACGGCAUGGUAAAAGCAGGACGAUGACUGAGCUUUGAAGGAUGCAAGGUAGGGCGUGUUUGUGAAAAAGCUGCUGCUUUAUCUUGUUUGUGGCUGCAGAGAUACUUUGCUGCAGCAUGUUGUGCAAACUCAUGAAGCUGCAGAUUUGAACACGUUCUGCGUUUUCAGAGUUGAACUACAGCAGGGGUGGAGCUGCCCUGGUGAUUUCAGUGGACAAGUUGUUUUCAAACAGAAAAUGCAGCCUGGACGAAAUUAAAAGAAGACGGAAGACUGCCGAUAUUUAUUCAGGCCUGGGACUGAGAGACCCAAUAAUGGACCCGAAUGAAGAGGAGUGUGAGGACCAUGAAGUGGGUUCCUGCAUCUGUGUCCUUGAUUGGACGGAGUGUUCAGCCCCUAACUCACAGAGAAACACUACGCACACAUCAGAUUGGCUAGCUUCAUCACGAUUUUGUUUCCCACAACUCUUCUGGCCCCCAUCGGAGCUCAGUGGACAGCUGAGGUUUUUAGAUCCCGUCAUCAAAGGUUUACCAAGCCAGGCCAACCAGGAAGGUACCACUUUCCAUAUGGUGGACAUUUUUUAUUGGAUUAAAAACUUUUUGAAUGAAGCAACCCAGCAGCAUGCCAUCGUCAUGGAUUCCUUCAACAGGCUCAUCAUUCUUUCUGAUAAUUAUAUAACUACAAAUAAAUUAUGCCACGUUUACGCCUCUCGGAAUUUGAGGACAUUUAUUAGACAUAGAGGAAGUUCUGGAAGAAAUAGCAAGAUGUCUGCUGUAAAACACGACAACGCCCAAAGAUCUUUUUGUCUCAAGACGAGCGGCGAGGACGAAGACAGGGACAGCUUAAGGACGUGGAACCCUGAGAUUCGUCAGAAAACCCGUCAAAACGACAAUCAUUCACAAAGACCAUGGAGGAGGAGUAAAAGUGAGAAAAUGAAAAUAAAGAAAAGUGUUUCUUUUGAAGAGGACGUCAUCGUCUACCUGUUUGAUCAGGAAACACCCACUCUCAAGCUGCCUUCAGAACCCUCCACAUCUCCGCCAUUCCAUUUUCCCAGCAUCCAGUCUGAUGUUAUGUCAGAGGACAAUGGGUUGCAGUGGGAAGAUGACUUCUCAGCUUUGGAGUGUGCUCAACCCUCUGGCAUCGUGUCCCUGCCGACCAAGAGUUGGACUUCUCAGGCCAGGCCAGAGCUUUGCUCUCUGGCCCAAACUUGCCUGUUCCUCACCUAUGUCACCGAGUCAGACCUUGAACUAUGACACAAAGUGACUUUUAUAAGUUGGGAGACUUGGUUGGAGACUGUGAGGUGAGAGGAAGCAGCACAAUGAAGUCCAAAGAAAAGGCAGUGAGACCCUCCAGGAGGCCCUGGUCCGACCCAGAGCCGGAGAACGAACCGGACACAGAGCCGGGCUCCAGCGAGCAGGAGGGCUCGGAGGCCUCGGUCCGGAUCGGCGGCUCCUGGAGGGGCUCCCUGAGGAGCCGGGACGGCAGGCGCCGACAGGGAGGAGGAGGAGCAGGUGGGGGAGGCGGGCGGCGGCGCAGGAUGUACGGGUCCAGCACCAAGGAGCGCAGCAUCCGGAGGCUGGAGAGCAACGAGCGAGAACGCCAGCGCAUGCACAAACUCAACAACGCCUUCCAGGCGCUGCGCGAAGCCAUCCCACACGUGAAGAUGGACAAGAAGCUGUCCAAGAUCGAGACUCUGACUCUGGCCAAGAACUACAUCAAAGCCUUGACCACCAUCAUCGUGGACCUGUCGGGGGCCUGCCUGCCCGCUGAGGCAGGGCCCCCAGGGGCCAGGGCUGCCAGGCUGCUGCAGUGCUACCAGCAGCACCUGGAGGAGGAGGGGGAGGACGGCCUCACCCAGUACCUCACCCACAUGCAGAGCUUCGGCCAGGAAAGUUAACAGCCUGAGACUGUAAAAGGGUUUGGGACCAGGAGCCCCCUGCUGGAUGCGGCGCCCUACAACAACUGACUGCUGGCCCACAGAGCCUCGCAAAAGUUUUCAUACCUCUUGAACCUUUUCACAUUUUUUCACAUCUCAACUCCAAGCUGUCAGGAAAUAAAUGAAAUAUAAAUAUUUAUUCACAUCCCUUUGUUCUGGUUCCCCAAAACAAAUCCCAGGUUUGUUCAGAAAUGAUCUAAUUAGCAAAGCCGGUCCACCUGUAUGAUGUUUGUUAUGAUCCUGUUUCUUUGAUGAGAAAACAGAACCAUGGUGACCUUGGAACACAGCAGGUUAAAAAACUAAAUGGCAAACUUUCCACAUCUCGCAAAGCUCUGUGACGCAGCCCACCAGGAGGAAACGGAAAAAAUCUGAACACAAAUCUACCAAGAAAAAAGUGUUUUUUGAAAGAAAGUCAUAAGAAGUUCUGCUUGCAGUUUGGUACAAGCCAUAAAGGCAUGGGCUGAGCCAGGGGGUGGUGAAAGGUGGCCAUGGUGACGCCUGCUGUUCCCUUUCAAAACAGCUGGUGGCAGUAGUGAAAUAUGCUUAUACAGCAAAAAUGUAUAAAUAUAGGCAUAUACUUAUUCACUUCGAGAACAUUUUUUACGUACUGAAGCUUGUGGUUGGUAGUGACAAAAGUGGAAUUAAUUGUUCAAGAGAUAACAUGUUUGCGAUGCGUUGUAAUCCUGUGAAACACACUGAGGUGGCCAGAGAAAAAGACUGCAGUGGACACCAGAGCAAAAUGUGAAGUGCUUGUAAAGACGAAGGGCUCAACCGACCUUUUGCUUUUUUUUUUUGCUGUUUGAAAUGACUUUGUUCUCUUUUUCUACUAUCUUAUGAUCUCCCUGUGUGUAUGUGUGUGUUUUGUUAGGAAACUUGCUGAGUGUAAGCUUCUGGUCACAACUGUCACAGAAAGAAGAGAGAAAACGAGCAGCAGGUUUUUGUUGCACAAGAUCGUGUGAGACCCCGAUAAUCAACUAUGAUUAAGCUGAGAUGGCCUUUGCAUUUUCUGCAUCAUAAUCUGAUUGGCUAUGGUCAGCUUUAAGUGUGUUUAGUUUUUCUUUAUUUUCCUCCUUUGUUUCCAUUUAUGCCAAAGUUUCUGAAAACAAAAAAAUCAGAAAAGAAGAAAAAAGCUGUUUGAGUAGUUGCUAUCAAUAAAACCAUUUAUUUAUUGACA